AUGUCAUUCAGAUUUUGCGCCGAGUGCAACAACAUGUUGUACCCUAAAGAGGAUAAAGAACACAAAAGGUUGCUCUACCAGUGCCGAAAUUGCUCGUAUUCGGAACUUGCCGAUAGUCCCAGAGUGUACAGGCAUGAGCUCAUAACGCAUAUUGGUGAAACUGCAGGUGUGGUUGAAGAUAUAGGUUCUGAUCCAACUCUUCCGAGAACACAUAAAGCAUGUCCUAAAUGUGGAAAUAAGGACUGUGUUUUCUUUCAGUCGCAGCAGAGAAGAAGAGAUACAAGUAUGGUUUUGUUUUAUGUGUGUUUGGAGUGUAAGCAUGUGUUCAGAAGUGAUGAGGACACGAACUGA